AUGCGUUUUGAUUGGUUCCAAGUUGUCUCUGGUCUUAAGGUGAAUGUUAGUAAGAGUGUUCUUGUGCCUGUUGGGGAUGUUCCUCAGAUUGAGGUGUUCGCUCAGAUUCUCGGUUGUCGCACUGGCUCUUUUCCCAUUUCUUAUUUAGGGUUGCCUUUGGGAGCCCCUUCGAGAUGUGUGGGGAGCUGGGAUCCGAUUGUGGAUCGAUUCGAAAGGAGGUUGGCGGGUUGGAAAAAGCAGUACCUUUCCAAGGGGGGUCGUGUCACUCUGAUUAAGAGCACCCUUUCUAGUCUCCCCACUUAUUUUAUCUCUUUCUUUCAGAUCCCUUCUUUAGUGGCUGAGAGAUUGUAG